GCCGUACGGCUAUACUCUUUAAAUAUAUUUCUUUUAUUUAAAAGGGUAUAGCCGAUCGGCUAUACGUUUUAAAUAUAUAUAUUUAUUUAAAGAGUAUAGCCGAUCGGCUGUACGCCUUAAAUAUAUUUGUUUCCUCUCUCCUAUCGAACCCGGAACCCCAGCCAACACUCGCUCUCUCUUUGCUUUCCCAUCGAACCCAGAACCGCAGCCAACCCAACCCUUCACAAGACACCCAAAAACUUCUCUUUCCCCUUGACCACCCACAAGACCCCCUCCUCCUGCUCCCACCCCCUCAGAACCUAGAGCCCAACCCACCCGCAACCCCAACCCCCCCCACAAAAGACGCAAAGUGUUCGAAAUUUUUUGUUCUUUUCAAAUUUUGAAUUUGCAGAGAGAGAGAGAGAGGAUCUAGUUUGAAUGUGAAUGAAGUAUAUCAUAUAUACAUCUUUGACAUAUUUUACUUUGUAUUUUAUACUACAGCUACAAGUAUACAGGCAGGUCAUCUAACAGUUUUAAUGAAUAUUGUUUUAAGUUCUUUUGCCUUUUGCCUUUUCUUCUUUUAUUUAUUUUCGGGCCUUGACCUCAUGUUCCGAUCGAGUUUUCUAUUUUUAUUGGGUUUUUCCUCAAGUUGAAUCUUUUUGACAUCCCCACUCAAUUGCAUUGGGAAAGAAAAAACAUUUAAGAACUACAAUCUUACUUUAGGAGUUGCAAUUAAGAAUUUUCUUGAAGUUCAUACUGUUUGAAGUCCCAAAGAGAAAAAUAAUAGUAAGUCAAGGAAUUCUGAGAAAGUUGAAGAAGAAGAGAGAACCAAAUCACAAUGGAAGUGUUUAGCUUUGAGAGAAAGAUUAAGCAUUACAGCAGCUAUCAGAAGAUACUCUUAGUGGGAGAAGGAGACUUCUCUUUUGCUGUUUGCUUAGCCAGAGCUUUUGGAUUGGCUAUCAACAUGGUUGCGACUUCUCUCGACUCCAGAGAGUCUUUGAUGCUGAAGUAUUCAGAAGCUAUGAGCAAUGUGAAGGAAUUAGAGGCCAAAGGAUGCAUAAUAUUGCAUGAGGUGGAUGUCCACAGCAUGAGCCGGCACCCUUUGUUGAUUAGUGUACGCUUUGAUCGCAUAAUCUAUAAUUUUCCUCACGCCGGUUACUUGCAUGGUCCCUUUUCUUCUGAACACAACAGGUUCCAAAUUUGGUUUCAUCAGGAUUUGAUCAGGGGAUUCCUCCAGAAUGCACGUGAAAUGCUGACCGCAAUAGGAGAAAUUCAUGUGACACACAAGACAAAAUUUCCUUUCAGUGAAUGGAAAAUAGUGGAGUUAGCACAAAAGGUUGGGUUAUAUCUGGUUCAUGAAGAACAGUUCUCACUAUGGGAUUAUCCAGGUUAUGAAAAUAAGAGAGGAGCUGGGACGUGUGAUCAAACUUUUCCUGUUGGAAUGUGUAGCACCUUCAAAUUUGCUAAACUGUUGUGCCAUUCUACCACUUCUGGUUUCCACCUUGGCAUUACUACUUCGGGUCCAUGGUCUGGAUAUUCUGGAAUUAAUGGUCCUCACAUGCAACGGCCAUUUUGCAUAUAAAGUGAUAUCUACUGCUGGUGAGGAAUUGUAUCAACAAAUAUCUUUUUUGUUUGAUAGGCAUGGGGUUUUUCAUUCAAGCAUGAGUCCCCUUGUUUCUAUGCCUAAAACUUUUCCUGUUGGAAAGUGCACCUUCAAAUUUUCCAAGCAGUUGUACCGUUCUACUGCUUCCAGUUUCCUCCUUCGAGUGCAGAGGUAUUUAGAUCAACAUUGACAUGCUUUGUUUACUCAAACUCGGAGUGUUCAUUUUCCAAGCAGUAGUGCAUGGUUGAUGCUCUAGGCCACGUCAUGCUUUGUUUUAGUGUAUUUGAAGUUUGUGGUGAAAGAAAUGAAGAUUAAGCAUCACAGCAGCUUUCAGAAGAUACUCUUAGUGGGAUAAGGAGACUUCUCUUUUGCACUUUGCUUAGCCAGACAAUUUGGCUCUGCUAGGAACAUUGUUGCAACUUCUCUUGACUCCAGAGGUAAUGUGCCCUACAUGCCUUUGCACUGGAAUGGCGAUGGCAAGCGAACAUGACCCUCGGAUCGAUCCCUUGAUUAGAAGAAGUGCAUUGCCGUCAAUAGUUGCCCCCUUUACCACUUUAAACCUCUUUGCCAAACAUAUAUCCUCCCCUGAAUUGUGACAUAACCAAGGGAAGGGACUUCUGUAUAUAUUCGCGCAUAGUGAAUCAAUUGGUUCCCUGAUAAUGAUGGACUUUAAGCCUCUG